ACCCUCCUGACACCACAAAUGUUCUGCCUUCAAUCUUCAUAUUGCUUAUUGUGAUUCAGAUAAUAUCUUAAGUGGAGUAAGAAGCAAGAUGAUAAUGAAUAUAGCUCGAGGUGAGCCUCGGCUCAUACCCCAGACUUACGCCUUGCCCAAAUCAGCCAAGCGCCAAACUCCAUUAUCGGCCUGAUAAGACAAGGAACGACAUUCGCGUCAACGAAGAAUAAUAAAGCUUGGACAGACAACGAGUAAUUGAGACUUCACACAACGACCACAGUAUCUGCGCAUCCAGUGCGGUAUCGUCAAGAUGGUGCGCCCAAGGAGAUCGUCUGCUGCUAGCGAUGAAUCUCAAGGAACUGCGAGAGACCAGGAACUGGGAAGCAUGUACGAUUACCUGGCCAAGAUCAUCCUCUUAGGUCCAAGCGGUAGCGGGAAGUCUUGUUUGCUACACCGGUUUGUAAAGAACGAGUGGAGGGUCCUUUCGUCGCAGACUAUAGGAGUGGAGUUCGCAAGCAAGAUUAUCAAAGUGGGAACGGGUGCUCGGAGAAAGAGGAUAAAGCUACAACUCUGGGAUACUGCAGGCACAGAACGCUUCCGCUCCGUUUCAAGAUCCUACUAUCGAGGUGCUGCAGGUGCCGUUCUAGUCUACGACAUCACAUCACACAACACCUUUACUGCUCUUUCCUCCUUCAUGAACGAUGCCCGCGCACUCGCCUCACCGAACCUCACGAUUCUCCUUGCUGGAAACAAGGUGGACCUUGCAGAUAGUGGAAUGCUGAUAGAUACUGGGCCUUCUUCAUUACCACCUGCAACCCCUUCGAGUAUCAGCAGCAAGAGUUCCCAAUUCCCAUUUGACGCUGGAAAGUCUGUGACAUCAAGUCCAGCUACAAAUUUGGGUUUGGGUUCUCAACUACGAGCUACUGUUGCGCCAGAUGGAAGAGAAGUAAGUGCAGAGGAAGCAUCAAGAUGGGCGAGUUCGAAUAACAUACCUGUAACCAUGGAAGUGUCAGCGCUAAAUGGAGACAAUGUGGAGGAAGUGUUCAACAGACUGGCCAGGAUGAUCCUAACCAAAAUCGAGCUGGGAGAAAUCGAUCCUGAUGAUCCAAUGAGUGGCAUACAAUAUGGAGAUGGCGGGUGGAUGGGUGACGGUGAUGGAGCGAGCGUGAAGAGUGGAAUGACCAUAGACGAGGGUGGCUCGAGGCGGAGGAGAAAACCCAAGAGCCGAGCGGGGUGGGGCGGAACUUUGGGCGGAGCACGGGAGUGGGAAGAGGUGUUCACCCUUGGUACAAGAAGACGGGGUAGUAAAUGCUGCUAGCCAUGGGGGUGCAAGUGAUUCGGAUGUAGGUUUCUUGUGGAUAUCAGCGAAUUUCGCUCUC